AGUGGACGCUGGUGACGCACGCCUGGCUUCGCUUCUCAUUGGUUGUUUCUCACGCAGAGCCCGCCCUCCAUCGAAUUGUUCGGCGAAUCGGGUUUCUGUCUCUGUGACGAUGUAACGGUUCCGGUAAAAUGGCGGCCCGCUAAGAGAGGGCGACGUUUGCUGUUUGGAGGAGAAAUAAUGGAGCCGUAGUUGAAGUGUGUGUGGUGUAAAAUGGUGGUAGUCGGGUUCUGGAGCUGGCCCGUCUGUCAGGCGGCAGUGAGAGCAGCGUUGCGCGGAAGGAGACGCUAUGGGAAGCUUCAUCCGUCCGGCAGUCAGACCGAACGCUUGCGGAUCUUCCAGUCUCUCUGUGACCGGCGUGUGACUGGAGCUGAUGAGGACCUCGCGGCGUCGGGACAGGAUCUCACCAUCCGAUUGGCUGACGGCCGAACGGUCAAAGGGUCAGCCGGUGUGACCUCACCGCUACAGAUCGCCAGGAGUGAACGUGUUAAAGGUGCGCUGCUGGGCAGAGUGAACGGAGGUCUGUGGGACCUGGGGCGCCCUCUUCUGGAGGACUGUGAACUGCAUCUGCUGGGCUUUGACUCGCUGGAGGGCAGGCAGGCGGUGUGGCGGACCGGAGCGUGUGUGUUAGCGAGCGUGAUGGAGAAUCUCUUCAGCGCUCGUGUGUGUCGAGAGGGGGUCUCUGACGCGGGCCUCUACUGUGAUUAUCGGCUCCAAAACAACGCUCCGUCUCUGUCGGACGUGGAGCGGAGCUGUAAGCAGAUGGCAGCUGGGAAGACUCCCAUCGUCAAGCUCGAGGUCACGCUACAGGACCUGAAAGAGAUCUUCCAGGAUGAUGCUGUCAGGCUGCAGCUGGCUGAAGAGCAGAUGACGGGGAACACACUCAGUGUGUACAGGUGUGGAGACACUGUGGGGGUGUGUUCAGGUGUUCUUCUCCCACACACAGGUUUCCUGAAGGCCUUUAACAUGCUGCAGGUGUCUUCUGUCACUCUAUCCGGUUCAACAGAGGAGUCAGGCAUCCUCAGGAUGAUCGGCACGGCGUUUCCCGGAGAGAAGGAGCGAGAGGAAUGGGAGAGAGAGCAGGAGGAGGCCAGAAAGAGAGACCACAGGAGAAUGGGAAAGGAGCAGGAGCUCUUCUUCUUUCACGAUGUCAGUCCCGGCAGCUGCUUCUUCUUGCCUAAAGGAGCUCAUAUAUACAACACGCUCACCGACUUCAUAAAGGGUGAGUACAGGAGGCGGGGCUUCAGCGAGGUUGUGACCCCGACGCUGUACAGCACGUCUCUGUGGAAGCGCUCGGGUCACUGGGAGCACUACAGCGAGAACAUGUUCACGGUGACCUGUGAGCCGCACACCUUCGCUCUCAAGCCCAUGAACUGCCCCGCACACUGCGUGAUGUUCGAGCAGCGGCCCCGUUCGUGGCGAGAGCUCCCCAUCCGCUGGGCGGACUUCGGCGCGCUGCACCGCAACGAACACUCGGGAGCGCUGGGCGGCCUGACCCGAGUCCGCCGCUUCUGCCAGGACGACGCACACAUCUUCUGCGCGCCUGAACAGCUGGAGGAGGAGAUCACGGCGUGUUUGGACUUCUUGAGGAGCGUGUACCGUGUCUUCGGGUUCUCCUUUCACUGUCUGCUCUCCACGCGGCCCGAGCACUUUCUGGGAGAGCCCGCCCUCUGGGACGCUGCAGAGCAGCAGUUAGAGAGCAGUCUCAAGCUGUUUGAGGAGCACUGGGAGCUGAAUCCCGGAGACGGAGCGUUUUACGGACCCAAGAUAGACGUCCAGAUCCGUGACGCUCUCGGCCGACAGCACCAGUGUGCCACGAUCCAGCUGGACUUCCAGCUGCCCAUCAGGUUCAACCUGCAGUACGUCGGGGCUGAUGGACAGAUGCACAGGCCGAUCAUGAUCCACCGGGCAGUGCUGGGGUCCCUGGAGAGGAUGAUCGCUAUCCUGGCCGAAAACUUUGGAGGGAAAUGGCCUUUCUGGCUGUCUCCGGCGCAGGUGAUGGUGCUGCCUGUGGGGGUCAGCAGCGAGGCGUACGGGCGGGAGGUGGUCUGCAGGCUGAGGGAAGCUGGCUUCGUGGCUGAUAUCGACAAUGAUGACGGAAACACCUUAAAAAAGAAAAUCCUCUCCGCGCAGCUAGAGCGCUACAAUUACAUGUUCGUGGUGGGAGAGAAGGAGUGCGUGAGCGGCACGGUGAGCGUGAGGACGAGGACGGGGAAGCAGCUCGGACAGAAAUCCCUGCAGGAAGUGAUGCGCUCGCUGAACGAGCUCAGACAGACACGCAGCAAUUUGGAGGAGUUUUAGGACCACCACCACGAGAUAAACACACUGACUCCUUCAUUUCCUCUCAGCCUGAUGUUAUUUCGUGUAUAAUAACAUAAUAAAUAACUUUUACUAUUCA